AUGUUUGCACUCACGGCAGGGUUGUUAUUCUUUGUGCAGGCUGCGCUAUGUAGCCGGCCCAACAUUGUCUUCAUCUUGACCGAUGAUCAAGACUUGCACAUGGAGAGCGUCCAGCACAUGCCUCAUCUUACGAACCUGAUCGUCAACGAGGGUACGAGUUACAAUCAGCACUUCUGUACUGUAGCCCUAUGCUGCCCUUCUCGGGCCACUCUCUGGACCGGCCAAGCUGCUCACAACCACAACGUGACCAACGUCUCCCCACCUCAUGGCGGAUAUCCCAAGGUGGUCCAGCAAGGAAUCAAUGACGAUAAUCUCUUUGUGUGGAUGCAAGAAGCCGGAUACAAUACCUACUACACUGGCAAGCUAUGGAACUUUCACACCGUCGACAACUUCAACCAGCCCUAUGCCAAAGGCUUCAACGGCUCUGACUUUCUUCUUGAUCCGUUUACCUACCAAUAUUGGAACGCCAAGAUUACACACAACGGGGAAGAGCCCGUGAGCUAUGCAGGCCAGUACUCGACGGAUGUCAUCGCUGAGAAGGCUCUUGCUUGGCUGGAUGAAGCCUUGGAAGAGCCAAACCCUUUCUUCCUGACAGUCUCACCAAUCGCACCUCAUUCCAAUUGGGUCAUUGAUACGGAGCGAGAUCUCUCGUACCUAGAAGAACCGAAGUCUGCCCCGAGACAUCAGCAUCUGUUUUCCGACUAUGUAAUUCCCAGAGAGAAGAGCUUCAACGUGGCAAUCGACGGAGCAGCCGGUUGGGUUGGGGAUCUACCUCCGCUGAACGAGACAACCUUGACGUAUAAUGAUCACUAUCAACGACAGCGACUUCGUGCACUUCAAUCAGUCGACGAAAUGGUUUCUGAACUUGUUGGCCGUCUUGUGAAAGCUGGACAACUGGACAAUACAUACAUCUUCUACACAACAGAUAACGGAUAUCACAUCUCGCAGCACCGAAUGAACCCUGGAAAAGAGUGUGGUUAUGACACUGAUAUUCACAUUCCCUUUUUUGUUCGCGGCCCAGGUAUCCCUGCAGGAGGGUCUGUCGACAUGGUCACCACUCACACAGACGUUUCUUCAACUCUUCUCCAAAUUGCCGGCGUUGACAAGGACACUGAUGGGGCCAUCAUGCCACUGGGGGGUUCAACGAUCCAUGCCGACAGGCAUGAGCACGCUGCAAUUGAGUACUGGGGUGCUGCUGUCCCAGAGGGAAUUUACGGCGGUCGCAGUGACCGGCAUCGCGAGGCUGGAGUUUGGCAAAAUGUUUAUCUGAACAACACUUUCAAGGGGCUGAGGGUUGUGUCAGACGAGUACAGUCUUUACUACUCGGUUUGGUGUACAAAUGAGACGGAGUUCUUUGACCUCCAGUCCGACCCUCACCAAACCCUAAACAUUGCGGCUUCCAGCAAGUCACGCUCAGCAUAUCAGCUUUCUGGCCGCCCCCUGGAGCAGGUACUCCUGCGCCUAAAUGCCCUCAUCAUGGUCCUCAAGACGUGCAAGGGCCAGACCUGCAUACAGCCUUGGACAAGUUUGCAUCCCGAUGGAAGUGUGAACAGUCUAAAAAUGGCGCUUCAGAGUAGGUUUGAUGAUUUUUAUGAGUGUCAGCCGCAGAUGUGGUUUAUGGAAUGCCCAGCAGCAUACAUUGCCGAGGUAGAGAAUCAAGAACCUGUCAUCGCGUUUGCAGGAGGGUUGAAUAAACAGGAGGCUGGGUUUGACUGGACAAGGCAUUGGCAAUAUUUCACGUAG